UCCCUUAAAACGACCUAGUUUUAGUGCUCCCCCAAACUUAAUUAUCCUUCAUUAAUUUAUUUUACUUUAUUAUUUGUAAAUAAUAUUUCCAAUAGAUAGCAAAUCUUUUGCCUUCUUUUCUUUUCUUUUCUUUUCUUUUUUGAGGCAGAGUCUCACUCUGUCAUCCAGGCUGGAGUGCAGUGGCGCCAUCUUGGCUCGUUGCAACCUCCACCUCCUGGGCUCAAGAGAUUCUUCUGCCUCAGCCUCCUGAGUAGCUGGGAUUACAGGUGCCCAUCACUGCACCUGGCUGAUUUUUCUACUUUUAUUAGAGACAGGAUUGCAACAUGUUGGCCAGGCUGGUUUUGAGCUCCUGACCUCAGGUCAUCUACCCACUUUAUUUUUCCAAAGUGCUGGGAUUACAGGUAUGAGCCACCACACCCAGCCUGCAAAUUAAUUAUUAAUAUAUAUGUAAAUAACAUUUAUUUUUAUAACAUAUAUGUUGAGUUUCAAAUCUUUGGAGUUACAAUUUCUUUGAUUGGUGAUUCGUGUUAAUAUUGUGUAAUAGAAUCCCCUGCCUACUGAAUUAUGUUUCCCCUGAUAGUAAGCCCAGAGUUUCUAGAACAUCAUAGAUUUUUUUUUUUAUUUGACUAAGAGUUUUUGGGUUGAGUGUACCUGCAAUCAGCAUUUAUUUUCAGGAUUCUUUGCUUUUUUGCAUGAAAAAUGGCAUUUAGAAAAGAGAAAACAAAAGAAAAAGACAAAUGGCGUUUAGAUAAGAUUUAGAUAAGAAUCUGGCUGCUCAAUGGUCGUGGUCCCUGCUAUGGAGUUAUCUGAUGAGGUCUAGAUUUUUUAAUGUGAAAUCAUACAGAAUACAUGUUUUAAAUAAAAUAUAGUUAUACAUCACUUAACGAGAGGGAUACAUUCUAAGAAAUACGUUAUUAGGUGAUUUUGUCAUUGUCAGAUGCAAGCCUGAACAGGAAUUGCCUACUGCCUACCUAGGAUAUAUGGCAUGGCCUACUGCUUCCACCACUGUAUUAUGUGUGGCUCCUUACCGAUAUGAAUGAGGUUUUAUGGCGCAUAACUGUGUAACCUAAAUUAUUAUGGAUUCUCUUCAAAAGUAUACGCUUUAGAGUUUGAAUUCAUUGAGUUAGUGUUUGUACUGACUCUGCCCUAUGCCAAAAUACUUGUUUAGCAAUUAUAUCGAAGGCCUAUUUGUUGUUUCCAUGCACCAACACCAGUGAUGUGUAUGGAAACAUAAUGACGGACAAGGAUUUAUAAUGCCUUCUUUUUGCCUUACAUAUCCCUGAGCAUUUUCACUGACCGUGUUACUAACAGUAAUUUUAGAAUUCCUGAGCGUUUUAACUAUUUUAUUAACAAAAAUUUUAGACUCACAAGCAGUUUAAGAAAUAACUCAGAGAGAACCUUUACGCAUGGCCCAGUUUCCCCCUGUGGUUACAUUUGGCAAUUGCAGUAUAAUAUCACAAUGAUGAUACUGAUUUUGAUAUUUUCACUAUCAUUUUAAUAUUUUCCUAAUUUUAUUUAUACUCGUGUGUGUGUGUGUGUGUGUGUGUGUAUGAGUGCAUGUACCCCCCAAGUUUCAACCCACUGGAAGACUGUUUUUCCACGCAGACACAAAACUAGGGCCACAUUUUAUUUUGAUUUUGAUUUUGUUGAUUUUAAAUUUUUAUUCUGAUUCAAUAUUAGUUAAUUAUGUAAAAUAUUACAUUUGCAAAAACCUUAUAGAACAAAAGGUUUCAUAAAGGCCCAACUCCCAUUUCUGUGUCUCCAGCAUAUCACUUUUGUUCCUAUAGAUAUAUGUCUCUACUAGCUUCAGGUACUGUAACAUACUUUGGACAAUGUUCUGACCCAUGCAUUUUUCACUUACGAAUAUGUCCCUGGAAAAAUAUCAUACAUUCACUUUUGGUAUAAUGUAACCUAUACUGUUCACAGAAAUUAUUGAGCUAUACAAAAUCAACAGCGAAAAACAGAAAUUAAUGGGACACAAAAAUAUCGUCAGUACAAACAAGACAGAAGGCUAAUAAAUAUGGUAGCACACUCUACACAUGUAAAUGGUUAAUGAAGACACAAAUGCUGUAAUAAAUAUGGCAAUUUUCUUUAAAAUUGAUUAGAAGUAGAUGUCAGCAGGGUUACAGCUUUUGGUUGCUGUAGAGUAGUAAAAGAAGAGGUAUUUAAAAUAAGACAGAAUCUUGUCUAGCCAGGUGUAUAUGGGUGCAGCUCAUAAUACGUGGCGAACUCAGUUGUAUGUUUGCUUUGUGCAUUUUGUGUAUGCCUCCAGCUUGGUUCAAUAGGGUGCAGUUUUCUGCAUUAAUCUAGUUUUUCUUGUUAAAAAAUAAUCCAGGCCAGGCACAGUGGCUCAAGCCUGUAAUCACAGCACUUUGGGAGGCCGAGGCGGGUGGAUCACGAGGUCGAGAGAUCGAGACCAUCCUGGUCAACAUGGUGAAACCCCGUCUCUACUAAAAAUACAAAAAAUUAGCUGGGCAUGGUGGCGCACGCCUGUAAUCCCAGCUCCUCAGGAGGCUGAGGCAGGAGAACUGCCUGAACCCAGGAGGCGGAGGUGGCGGUGAGCCAAGAUCGCGCCAUUGCACUCCAGCCUGGGUAACAAGAGCGAAACUUUGUCUCAAAAAAAAAAAAAAUAAUAAUAAUAAUCCAUGUCCAAACAUCAAAGUCUUUAUGCUCCAUGUGCUCUUUAAUAUGUCAAUCAUAUCGGAACAAAUUCGUAUCUUCAUAACUAGCAUGAUUCCGGAAAUUAUUGUAUCUAUUCACAGAGAUUCAUUCAUUCCUCUCUGCAGUGGUGCACAACUCCUGUGCAGUGUGCUCACAUCCAUUCACCUGCUUCCCUGCAGAUGGCUACGCAGGUUUUUUCCCAGUGCUGGUUGCUAUUAGUUGCCUUUGGGCAAAUAAGCAAAAAACAUAAUCUCCUGUUUAAAGUGAGAAAAUAAGUAGAGGAUAAACACUGAAAACUAUCUCUAGUGACAGCAAGACACUCUUUCUGAUUUUCCUAAUCCUGAUUCCUGACUUCAAUGAAAAUCAACAUCCCUAGAUGGAAUGGCUUCUGGAAAAUUAGAAACAGGGAUCGUCUUUCUUAUUCAGACUGGAGUUGGGAUACUGGGAAAUUCCUUUCUCCUUUGUUUUUAUAAUUUCAUGUGGCUCGCUGGAAACAGCUUGAGACUUAUGGACCUGAUUCUCAAACAGCUGGCCUUAGCCAACUCCUUGGUCCUUUUCUCUAAAGGAAUACCUCAGACAAUGGCAGCUUUUGGAUUUAAAGAUUUCCUGGAUCAUACUGGAUGAAAGCUUGUCUAUUUUCAUCACAGAGUGGGCACAGGAGUUUCCUUCAGCACCAUCUGCCUCCUCAAUGGAUUCCAAGCGAUUGAGCUUGACCCCAGUACAUGCAGGUGGCUGGAGCUCAAAAUUCAGUCCCAAAAGUUCAUUGGCUUCUGUUGUUUCCUCUGCUGGGUCUUGCCUCUCUUGAUAAAUACAAGUGUUCUUUUUCUUGUAAAUGGCCCAUUGGAUAGCAAAAACCUUAGUGUGGAAAACAAUUAUGGAGUUUCUUCCUGGGCAAUGCCAGAAAGAGUUGGCACUUUAUAUACAAUUACAUACUUUUCCCCUGACUUUCUGGGUUUGGGCUUCAUGGUGUGGGCCAGGGGCUCCAUGGUCUUUGUCCUGUACAGACAUAAGCAACAAGUCCAACAGAUUUGUAGCAACAGACUCUCCUCCAGACCUUCUUAUGAGGCCAGAGCCAUAGGCACCACCAUGGUCCUGGUGAGCUCCUUUUUUGCUUUCUUCUCGGUCCACUCUAUCCUGACAGUUUGUAUGACUCACUUUAAAAACCCGGGUCGGUGGAUAGUGGACAACUCUGUGUUUGUGGCCUCCCGUUUUCCAGCAUUCAGCCCCUUUGUGCUGAUCUUCAGUGACACCCGUGCCUCUCACUUCUGUUUUGCCUGUAGGACAAAGAAAACGCUUCUUCCAGAUCUGGUUCCUGUGCCAUGAGUCUGUUCUCUUCGUCAGAUUCAGUCAUACAUUUCAGUAUUUGUCAGUAUUUAUAAACAAUUGUGUUAGUUUACGAUGCCAACAUACACAUGGGCAAUAAUGUCUCUUUCCAUGUAGAUCUUAUAGUAGGACUAAAAGUGAAUAUCCUGGAUACUGUUAUACAAAGAACACUCAAUCUAACUGCUAGAUUCUUUGGGAAGAGGUUCAGAAAUGAUCAAAAUAGGUUAAUAGAGUAAUUUUUUUGUUUAGGGAUUUAGUAGAAAGUUUAUUUUAUACUAUGAAGAAUCAUAGUAGAUUAAAAAAUAUUUUUGAAGUAUAGUUUGAUUCAGAUGUUCUUGUACAGGAAAAGUCAUCCAAAAAAUCCUCUUAUAAGAAAGAAAUGUGCACUGUCAUGGGUUGGAGAGAAGCCCUGAAUGGUUUUCAUGUAGAGAAAUGGGAAGAAUAGAAGAGUGUGAGUCUGGAAAGGAACAUGAUGAGAAUUGUCACUGAUGACUUAACACAGGACUGGCUGCACCAUUUCUACUUUUGUUUAAGAUAAAUUACAGGCAGUUUGAAGGGUAAGGCAGGUGGAUCACCUAUAGUCAGGAGUUCGAGACCAGCCUGGCCAACAUAGCAAAAUCCUGUCUCUACUAAAAGUACCAAAAUAUUAGCUAGGCAUGGUGGUGGGCACCUGUAAUCCCAGCUACUUGGGAGGCUGAGGCAGGAGAAUUGCUUGAACCUGGGAGGUAGAUACAUUUCAAUUAAUAUGCCUUAGAUCUAUGUUACUACAGUUUACAUUGAAAGUGAUCUUCAAAGAAAAUACAUUAUUAAUUACAUGGCCAGCAUACCACUAUGUAAGUGAUCUUAAGAGUAUUUUUGUCAGCUAGUUUUAUCUAAACAAAAAACUGGGAAAUAAACAAUACAAAUAA